GCUUCAUUGUGCAUGGUCCCCCUGCUCCUCUGGUUGCUCCUCUGGGAUCUUCAGUGGUUUUGCCUUGUUAUGUUGAUGAACUCUUACUAAUGGAGGAUCUGGAGGUGGAAUGGAGAAGAACAGACUCAGAGACUCUGGUUCAUCUGUAUCAAGAUGGUGAGAGUCGACCAGAGGCCCAGCAGCAGGAUUAUCAUGAUAGAGCUAAUUUCUUUACUGAUCAGAUUCAACAUGGAAACUUCUCCCUCUGUCUGGACAAUCUGACAGCUGAAGAUGAGGGACGAUACACAUGUAGAGUUUACAGUCAGCAGGAUUCUGGUGAAACUGUGGUUCAGAUAAAAGAUGUUGACCGUUUGCUAGUAUCAAGCUCAGAUGAGUCCAUAUCUGCAUCUGUGGGUGAGGACGUCACUCUGAACUGCUCUGUAGACUCUCACAUCACACCUGAACACAUUGAAGAGGUUUCAUGGAGGAAAACUGAUAAAGAUAAAGAUAUUCUGGUUCUGCUGUAUCAAAACAAUAAGUCUUUAUCAGAUUCAUCAGAUGAGCGAUACAGAGACAGAGUUGAGUUCUUCACUGCUGAAAUCCCCAAAGGAAACUUCUCUCUCAGACUGAAGAGUGUCAGAACUGAGGAUAAAGGAGUUUACAUGUGUUUAGUGUUUGCUGGAGGACUUUCAGCCAAUGCAACUGCAGAACUGGAGAGACUGGGUUUCUCUGUUUCAAGCAUAAUGGUAUUGCUUCUCUGUAUUUCUGCAUCUGGAUCUGCUCUUCUGCUCUGCUGUCUGAUCUACAGUAGGUCACCUACUAAAGGUUUAUUUGUGCAGCAAUUAAACAAUUUUUUUCCUCUGGGAUCUUCAGUGGUUUUGCCCUGUUGUGUUGACAAACUCUUAUUAAAGAAAAAUCUGAAGGUGGAAUGGAGAAGAACAGACUCAGAGACUUUGGUUCAUCUGUAUCAAGAUGGUGAGAGUCGAGCAGAGAAACAAUCACAGGAUUAUCAUGAUAGAGCUCAUUUCUUUACUGAUCAGAUUCAACAUGGAAACUUCUCUCUCCGUCUGGACAAUCUGAGAGCUGAAGAUGAGGGACGAUACACAUGUAAAGUUUACAGUGACCAGGACUCUGUGUAUUCAGCAGAGAUAAAUUUGGCAACACAGUUCAAAGUAAAAAAUUCCUCUGGUCAUCCGACAGCUGCCCUGGGAGGUUCAGUGGGUUUAUUAUGUCGUGUUGACAAAAGCUUGUUACAGAAAAGUCUGAAGGUGGAAUGGAGAAGAGCAGACUUAGAGACUCUGGUUCACCUGUAUCAAGAUGGUCAGAGUCGACCAAAGAAACAGCACAAAGAUUAUCAUCACAGAGCUCAUUUUUUAAAGAAGAAGAUUAAAGAUGGAAACUUCUCCCUCUGUCUGGAAAAACUGAGAGCCGAAGAUGCUGGAAAAUACACUUGUAAAGUUUACAGUGACCAGGAUUGUGUGCAUUCAGCAGACACAGAGGUGAUACUGGGGUUUGAUGUUAAAUGUUCUCGUCACACACCUGCAUUUCUGGGAUCUUCAGUGGUUUUGCCUUGUUAUAUUAUUGAACCUUUACCAGUGGAGGAUCUGAAGGUGGAAUGGAGAAGAGCAGACUCAGAGACUCUGGUUCAUCUGUUUCUGGAUGGUGAGAGUCGAACUCAGCAGGAGUAUCAUGAUAGAGCUCAUUUCUUUACUGACCAAAUUCAACAUGGAAACUUCUCCCUCCGUCUGGACAAUCUGACAGCUGAAGAUGAGGGACAAUACUUAUGUACAGUUAACACCAAAAAGAAACAUGUAAUUUCAGCUGAGUCAAAGUUGAUACCGAGACUACAAGAUCUAUUUUUCUAUCUUCAGAUGUUUCUAGUUUUCUGUCCAAAUAUUCUGAUGUUUCUUGCUUUUGUCCUUUGGGGUGCUUCUGAAGGGUCUCUGAAUGAGUCAGUCUCUUGUUGUGCUCUUUAUUUUCUGAGGCCUCUCUUGUUGCUUUGGGUGGCUCCAUAUGUACAUGAGUUCACAGCUCUUUUUACAAGUGCUUGGGAAAAGCUUCUAAAUUAUGCUGAGUUUGACAGAGUCGUGAUAAUAGUACUGUUUGUAAUAGUGUUUUUGUCCUGCCUCGCCAAAAUCAUUUACCUUUUAGUUAUAGAGGUUGGAAACAAAAGAGGACAAAUACUUAAAAUAUUUGACAUUGUGGCUGAAAUUAUCUUUGAAAUUCUGCCUACUUUACAAUUCAUCCUCCUGUUCUACACGUUUGGAUCUGCCAAAGCAGGAUUCACCAUUGUUGUCCUUUUACCAGUGUUACAAGUGAUGACAAAUGAGAGAUGGUUCAAUAGAUGCAGAUAUGCGCUCGGCUAUUCACUUUUGGUCACAAGAACGGUUUUGUUAAUCUUCGUAAUAGUGUCUAAUGCAGUGAUGAUUGGUCUUUACAUAUUGACACUGGAAAAUAAAACAG